CAUCAGUUCAGACUGCCAUCAGCUCCUGGUCGAGCGAGGGUCUACUCCCAGGGCCUGCGAAGGUCCUCGGUUUGCAAUGAUUCUUCAAUGAGCAUGCGCCGAGGAGAGCUGGGCCCUUCCAGGAGGCGGUAGCUCCCGACGCGGCCCAGAAUAACGCGCCUGCGCACCUGACGCUCUGCGUGCCCUUUGGCGCGAAGCUUCCUGGGAGUUGUAGUCUGCGGCGAGCUCCCGCGACUACGCGGCCCGCGCACCGAAGAGCUCAGCUCUGUGAUCCUCAGUGGCCAGUGUUGCCAUGGCUUCUCUGCUAGGUGGUGGCGGCGAAAGGCAACACAGCUGACCGCUGUUGGGCUUCGGCAGGCGCUGGAAGCGGAGGAAUCAGACGUGGGCUCCAGCUCAGACCCUCAGAGUCAGGAACUGGGAGUGGGGCUCAGCAGUCUGUGAUCUAACAAGCCCUCUAGCAAGCAGCCAGCCUGUGUGGAAGAAUGGCAGUGAGCCACUCCGUGAAGGAGCGGACAAUCUCUGAGAACAGCCUGAUCAUCCUGUUGCAGGGCCUUCAGGGUCAGGUGACAACUGUGGACCUCCGGGAUGAGAGUGUGGCCCACGGACGCAUAGACAACGUAGAUGCUUUCAUGAACAUCCGCCUGGCUAAAGUCACCUACACAGACCGUUGGGGGCAUCAGGUUGAACUGGAUGACCUCUUUGUAACAGGACGAAAUGUCCGAUAUGUCCACAUCCCAGAUGAUGUGAACAUCACCGCCACCAUUGAGCAGCAGUUGCAGAUCAUCCAUCGAGUGCGAAACUUUGGCAGCAAGGGCCAAGGCCGGCAGGAGUUUCCCACCAAAAAAUAUAAAUGAGUUUCUCGCCUCAGCAAGUCUUAGCACCAACUCAGGUUCCUCCCAUGUUCUCGGCCAACUCCUGCUGCCCUCCCAGCCUGGGACCUAGUAUGGGACAGACAUGACUUGCUAUUGCUGUUUUUCAGAGGGUUCUACUUCCUGGACUCACCCUGGGACCCAGAACCCUGUCUGUCUACCUGCCUAUGAUCUUGGGGUAGGUGAUAGUCCUCCUUUUGGAUCAUUUGAACCCAAAUACGAUUUUCUGAUUUAGGAAAUUUUUCAG